AAGACUUUUUCCCCUGCAUAUAGAGUAGGAGUAAUGUUGGUUAGAAACUGGCUGGUGUUUAAAACUGAAGAUUGUCAUGACUGUUUAACCUAAGCUCCAUGCUGAAGUAAGAUUAAUUGUCUUGGAAAUACUAAAUUGGGGUAACCCAAAUCUGUUUCUGGAACCAUGAAAAUUUUGUUGGUUUUUGACUUUGACAAUACAAUCAUAGAUGAUAAUAGCGAUACCUGGAUUGUACAAUGUGCUCCAGAGAAAAAGCUUCCUAUUGAACUACAAGAUUCUUAUGAAAAAGGAUUUUGGACAGAAUUUAUGGGCAGAGUCUUUAAGUAUUUGGGAGAUAAAGGUGUAAGAGAAGAUGAAAUGAAAAGAGCAAUGAUAUCAAUACCUUUCACUUCAGGGAUGGUGGAACUUUUAAACUUUAUAAGAAAGAACAAGGAUAAAUUUGACUGCAUCAUUAUUUCAGAUUCAAAUUCAGUCUUCAUAGAUUGGGUUUUAGAAGCUACCAAUUUUCAUGACGUGUUUGAUAAAGUCUUUACAAAUCCAGCAGCUUUUGAUAGCGAUGGUCAUCUCACUGUGGAAAAUUAUCAUGCUCAUUCUUGCACUAGGUGCCCCCCUAAUCUUUGCAAAAAUGUAGUUUUGGUAGAAUUUGUAGGUAAACAGUUACAACGAGGAGUGAAUUAUACACGAGUUGUUUAUAUAGGUGAUGGCGGAAACGAUGUCUGUCCAGUAACCUUUUUAAAGAAGAAUGAUGUUGCAAUGCCACGGAAAGGAUAUACUUUACAGAAAACUCUUUCUAGGAUGUCUCAAAAUCUUGAGCCUAUGGAGUCUUCUGUUGUAUCUUGGUCUUCAGGUGUUGAAAUAAUUUCUCAUUUACAAUUUCUAAUAAAGGAGUAAUAUGCCAAUAAUUGCAAUGUGUAUCAGUUAAGAUUAAAUACAGCAGCAUAAAACUAAAACCCCAAAUAACAGUGGCUUUAAAAAAAGAAAAAAAGUUUUCCCUCUCACUUAAAAGAAUUUCAGAGUUAAGUAUCUCAAAGUUUCUGUGUUGCUCUACCAACCUCAGCACUUGACUUCCAACUUAUGAUCCAAGAUUGCUGUUCAAGCUCCUUCCCUCACCUCAACUUUCUGGCCAGCAAGGAGGACAGUGAGAGAGAAGGUUGCACCCUCAUUUAAAUUUCACUGGCCAAUACUUAGUCACAAUGCUCCUUCCUAACUGCAAGGAAGGAUGAAAAAUAUAGCUUUUAUUUCAGAUGGUCAUAUGCCUGGGAAAAAAGUAGAGUACAGAACUGAGGUAAAUGCAGUUAGUGGUCUCUACCAAAGAUGGUUAAUAGGUAGAUGAUAUUUUUAAAUUUAUUCCCAGAGAGAAUAGUCUUAUAUUUUACUUUCUUUGGUAUUUAUUUCCAAAGUAUGUCUAGCAGUUACAAAUCUUCAAAAUAAGCCUAAUGCUUAGUUCACAUAAGAAUACACUACCUGGGACUUCCCCGGUGGCGCAGUGGUUAAAAAUCCGCCUGCUAACUCAGGGGACACGGGUUCAAGCCCUGGUCCGGGAAGAUCGCACAUGCCACGGAGCAACUAAGCCCGUGUGCCACAACUACUGAGCCUGCGCUCUAGAGCCCACAAGCCACAACUACUGAGCCCACGGGCCGCAACUACUGAAGCCCGCGCGCCUAGAGCUUGUGCUCCGCAACGAGAAGCCACCGCAAUGAGAAGCCCGCGCACCGCAAUAAAGAGUAGCCCCCACUCGCCACAACUAGAGAAAGCCCGUGUGAAGCAACGAAGACCCAACACAGCCAAAAAUAAAUAAUAAAAAAAAAAAAGAGUCGCUGUGAAUUCCAAAAUUAAAAAAAAAAAAGAAUAUACUACUUCCAAAUCAGUUAAUUUUAGAGAUAGGGAUGCAGUAUCUAUUGCCCAAGUUGUUCAUUAAUUUCACACUUUCCUUUUGAAAUGAAAUACAAAUUAAUGUUCUUCAAGUAUUUUUAAUUUAUAUCAUUAUUACAGACUGUAAUUCCAGAAUGAUGAUUUAAUCAGUAUGUUAUUUCUGUUUGGCAAUGAAAUAUUGAGUGAUACAAUAUAUAGUUUGUAGGAAUACACAACAUUUAAGAAACUGUUUCAUAUAGGGAUAUUAGCAAAAUAUCAACUGACCUAGAAAGUUUUACAGUACUGUGUUAAUUUCUAGGCUCACAUGUUUUAGGCAUAAAUAUCCCUUAUGUAAUAAUGUUAGGAUUUUCUUUUCCAUAUAGAAAGCUCCAGAAA